AAAAUGAAGCAACAUCGGAUUUUAACAUUAUUUUUUAUUGUUGGUGUUUUUCUGGGAAUUUACAUGGUGAACGGUGAGAAGGAUUUCAGAGAUUCGAGAGGAAACAAGAGGAUAACGCAAAUUCACGUAAAAUUCGAUAAACGAAUAUCCCCGCCGACAACAUUCUCGAACUCCCCCAACCGAUCUACAGAGCUUUACUCUUGUCCGGACCCAUUCUUGCCUAACCUCACUCCAUCUGUUAAAAGCUACCUGGUGUUGCCUAACAAACGCGAAUGUCAGGCCAUAACAGUUCUGUGUCUUAACGCCAGUUUAUUGAUGUUCUUGAGUGUGACAUUUUUCUAUAUCGGAGAUCAUCGGAAAAUACAGUGUUUAGACGAUUAUACGCAGGCAGAUAUGGCAAAUAACUCGUUGUGUGGAGUACAAGGAAUAGUCCUAACUUUCGCAACCUACGCCACAAUUCUUUAUUGCUUUCUCCUUAUUAUUCAGUUGCAUUUCCAAACAGUCUGGCGAUGCGGAAUUAUCCAACGACAUUACUUGAUCGCUCAAGGUCUCGUUCUCUUCAUUUCUUUGAUAUUCACCGUCCUUCCGGCAGCCACACAACAAAUCUCGUUUGAAUUUGGAGCCUCUCAAUGUUUGUUGAACGAUGAUUUCGACUUCGAAGACUCUUUAUGCGAGAGCUCAGUCUCCACCACGAUUCAAUCGGUCACCGGAAAAGAGGUGCUCAACUCUAUAAAGAUUCAGUGGAGAGCUUUGGCACUAUCUAUGAUAUUUUUAGUUACCUUUAUGGUUUAUUGGCUUUUCAUACACGUCGCUGAAACAAAACUGACGCCCUUGAAAGGCCCCUCAGAAUCGCCAUCUUGGAUAAUUGAAUGGAUAAAUUGCAUCCUAAACAACAACUCCCAGGAUUAUUGUUAUUCAACUAUUUCCAAAUAUUAUGUUCCCAGCAUAAAACUUAUGUGGGUGGCCGAAUCUCUGACCGCCAUUCUUGGUAUAAAUACGUUCGUGGUGUUUGGAACAAAUAUAAAUCUGUGGAAUGAGUGGAAAGCUUGGUUUCGGAAUCGAUACGGAGGUGUAGAUAAAUAG